CGGUGACGGACGAACCUCUCUCGCGACUCGUUGUCAACCCGCCGUUCUACCAAAUCCCACUCUCUGUUGACGCCAUGGUUGAUCGUCGCUCGGACUCUGAGAACGGUUUGCGUGCUAAGCGUCAAAAAAUGGACAAAGCUGAGACAGAUCCCAAGGACAACCCGUACCUGGCUCACAUGUAUCCCGACAAUGGCGAUGCGAACCUUCAUCCGGCCUUUGGCAAGAUGAAGCGCCAUCAGACGACGGCUGCUCUGGCUAAGAAGGUCGAAGAUGGCGAGAUCAACCCUUUCAACAACCAGCCCUUCUCCAGCAAAUACGUCUCCAUCCUGAAGACUCGUCGCGAUCUCCCCGUCCAUGCCCAGAGAGAUGAAUUCUUAGAGCUCUACCAGAAGUCGCAGAUCCUCGUCUUCGUCGGUGAGACGGGUUCCGGAAAGACGACACAGAUCCCUCAGUUCGUGCUGUUCGAUGAUAUGCCGCAAACCCAGCGCAAGAUGGUCGCUUGUACCCAACCUCGUCGUGUCGCUGCCAUGUCCGUUGCCCAGCGUGUGGCUGCCGAGUUGGAUGUCAAGCUCGGAGAGGAAGUCGGUUACAGCAUUCGUUUCGAAGAUAUGACUAGUUCCAAGACCGUGCUCAAGUAUAUGACGGAUGGUAUGCUGCUGAGAGAAGCCAUGCACGACCACGACCUUAACCGCUACAGCACCAUCAUUCUGGACGAGGCUCACGAAAGAACCAUGGCUACCGAUGUCCUUAUGGGUCUUCUGAAGGAGGUUGUGGUGCGCCGACCUGACCUGAAGAUCAUUAUCAUGUCUGCCACUUUGGAUGCGCAGAAGUUCCAGCGUUACUUCAACGAUGCCCCCCUCCUUGCAGUGCCUGGUCGUACCCACCCUGUCGAGAUCUUCUAUACCCCUGAGCCCGAGCAGGAUUAUGUCGAAGCCGCCAUUCGGACUGUGCUCCAGAUUCACGCUACCGAAGACGAGGGAGAUAUUCUGCUGUUCUUGACUGGUGAAGAAGAAAUUGAAGACGCUUCUCGGAAGAUCUCCCUUGAGGCGGACGAGAUGAUGCGCGAGGCAGAUGCUGGACCGAUCAAGGUCUACCCGCUGUAUGGUAGUCUUCCUCCUCACAUGCAACAGCGCAUCUUCGAGCCAGCACCGCCUCCUCGUCGUCCGGGUGGUCGUCCCGGUAGAAAGGUCAUUGUGUCCACCAACAUUGCCGAAACGUCUCUUACCAUUGAUGGUAUCGUCUACGUCGUCGACCCUGGUUUCUCGAAACAGAAGAUCUAUAAUCCACGUAUCCGUGUCGAGUCUCUGUUGGUUUCUCCGAUCUCCAAGGCUUCCGCCCAACAGAGAGCUGGUCGUGCUGGUCGUACGCGCCCCGGAAAGUGUUUCCGUCUCUACACCGAAGGCGCCUUCAAGAAGGAACUGAUCGACCAAACAUAUCCCGAAAUUCUCCGUUCCAACCUUUCCUCGACAGUGCUGGAGUUGAAGAAGCUUGGCAUCGACGAUCUGGUCCACUUCGAUUUGAUGGAUCCUCCUGCUCCCGAGACCUUGAUGAGAGCCUUGGAGGAACUCAACUACCUCGCCUGUCUGGAUGACGAUGGAAAUUUGACACAGCUGGGUCGUCUCGCCUCCGAAUUCCCUCUCGACCCAGCCCUUGCCGUCAUGCUCAUCAGCUCCCCCGAAUUCUACUGCUCGAACGAGAUUCUUUCCAUUACCGCCCUUCUUUCAGUUCCCCAGGUGUUUGUCCGCCCGGCCUCUCAAAGGAAGCGCGCAGACGAAAUGAAAGACCUAUUUGCCCACCCUGACGGUGACCAUUUGACCCUCCUCAAUGUCUACCACGCCUUCAAGAGCCCCGAAGCUCAGGCGGACCUCAAGCAGUGGUGCCACGACCACUUCCUUUCUCUUCGUUCGCUCCAGUCGGCCGAUAACGUUCGUAUGCAACUUCUGCGCAUCAUGGAACGCGAGGAGCUCGAGAUGAUCUCGACCCCCUUCGAGGACAAGAAGUACUAUGAGAACAUCCGCCGCGCGCUGUGCGCCGGUUUCUUUAUGCAAGUCGCCAAGAAGGAGAGCCAGGGCAAGAGCAUGUACAUGACCAUCAAAGACCAUCAGAACGUUCUGCUCCACCCGUCCACAGUGCUCGGUCACGAGGCCGAAUGGGUCUUGUACAAUGAGUUCGUUCUCACCACCAAGAACUACAUCCGUACCGUGACGGCUGUCAAGCCCGAAUGGCUUAUUGACAUUGCGCCGAACUACUACGACAUCUCCACCUUCCCCAAGGGCGACAUCCGUUCCUCACUGCUCCGCGCCGCUGAGCGACUCUCGCGUCGCGAGAAGAUCCGUGCGGAGAAGAGACGUUAGACCAGGAGGAAGCUUCUUUGCUGAUAUUUUCUUUUUCUCUUUCUCUGUCACGAAAUAUAAUAGACUAUUUUUCCCUUGUGUUCUGAAACAGAAAUAUGAUAUCAAUAUUCCACGGCCGGCUUGCAUUAUGCCAAG